AGCCAUCCAUGCACACACAGCCAGGGGGAGGGAGGGGAGGCAGCAUGCCAGGCAAGCCACCGCUCCCUCGCCCUGCCUGCUAACCCUUCUCCUCCGCAGCCUGCCCGAGAGCCGCUGCCUCGCCGCGGUGACUGCCUGGGGGAGCGGGAGGAGCGGGGAAGGAGCGAGACCCGGACAAUGGCGGCGGCGGCUGCCACCAGCAGCCCUGGCAGCGCUAGCAGCACGUUGCAGCAGCCGCCGCUGGAGCCCUGCUUGAGGAAGCCGCAGCAGGCGCCGCCGCGCAUGGACCCCCGGCGCAGGCAGGCAGCGCUCUCCUUCCUCACCAACAUCUCGCUGGACGGCCGGCCGCCGCUGCCGCACGAGGAGAGCGGGGCAGAGCCGAGCGGGGGCGCCGCCAAGGCGGCCGCCGGCAGCGCCAGGACUCGGCACAGCCUGGGCGCCUUCCAGCCCCCCGCCGCGGCAGCGGCUCCGCAGCAGCCGGGGGGCCACUGCGGCAGCGGCCGGCUCUCGAGCCCCCCGGGAGCGGCUGGGGAGCCGCCGGAGGAAGAGGAGGAGGAUGCCUUCGCCAGCGUGCAGGUGCCGGCAGCCGCCUUCCUGGGCUCGGGGACCCCCUCCGGGGGGGCCGGCGGCAGCAGGGGCCGCCUCAACUCCUUCACUCAGGGAAUCCUGCCCGUCUCCUUCUCCAGACCCAUCCCGCAGGGCUACUGCUGCCUGGAGCAGGGCGGCCCCGGCGCCUUGGAGCUGCAGAGGUCCCGGCGUCGGUUGAUCUCCCAGCGCUCGUCUCUGGAGACUUUGGAGGACAUCGAGGAAAAUGCUCCACUACGGAGAUGUCGGACUCUGUCAGGUUCACCCAGACCAAAGAAUUUUAAGAAGAUUCAUUUUAUCAAGAACAUGCGGCAACAUGAUACCAGAAGCGGCAGAAUAGUCCUUAUCAGUGGCAGAAGAUCCUUCUGUAGCAUAUUUUCAGUGCUGCCGUAUCGAGACUGUACCCAAAUCGGGGAUAUGAAAUUAGAAGGACGUUGUGUGCCUACUGGAGGAGUGUGUUUAAAAGAGAUAAUUGGUCUUGAAGGUGUGGAACUAGGGGCUGAUGGGAAGACUGUAUCUUACACACAGUUUCUAUUUCCAACCAAUGCCUUGGGAACACGGAGAAACACAAUUGACUCCACCUCCUCCUUCUCCCAAUUUCGCAAUGCAAGCCAUCGUAGCCUUUCCUUGGCAAGAGCUAACAGCACGCAGGGGAGCAUUGACACAGGCAGUGACCUGGGAGACUAUAUUGACUAUGACCCAAAUCUUUUAGAUGAUCCUCAGUGGCCAUGUGGCAAGCACAAGCGGGUUUUAAUAUUCCCUUCAUAUAUGACUACCGUAAUUGACUAUGUGAAGCCAUCAGAUCUCAAAAAGGACAUGAAUGAGACCUUCAAGGAGAAGUUCCCUCACAUCAAGUUAACCCUCAGUAAAAUAAGAAGCCUAAAGCGAGAGAUGCGCAAACUGGCUCAAGAAGAGUGUGGUUUUGAGGAGCCCACUGUGGCCAUGGCCUUUGUCUACUUUGAGAAACUUGCUCUCAAAGGGAAACUAAACAAGCAGAACAGAAAGCUUUGUGCUGGAGCGUGUGUCCUACUAGCAGCCAAAAUUGGCAGUGACCUCAGAAAACAUGAAGUUAAACAUCUUAUAGAUAAACUGGAAGAGAAGUUCCGACUGAACAGGCGAGAGCUGAUAGCCUUCGAAUUUCCAGUGUUAGUGGCCUUGGAAUUUGCUCUCCAUCUGCCUGAACACGAAGUGAUGCCACAUUAUAGACGUUUGAUCCAGAAUUCCUAGCACAGGCUACCCUUCCAGGAAGGGGUCUUAAGACUGUUUCUAUUCAGCAUUAUCAAGCUGUAGUUACUACUGGAAAUGCAAAAAUAGGACUCAAUACCAAACUUCUCUCUCUCUUCAAAUACACAAUUUUUCCAGCAGCAAAUGGGGAACACUGCAUUGAAUUUCCUAAGACUCUCAGACUAAAUGAAUUCAUGUAGUGUUUACUACUCAGAGCAGGUGAGGAAUGAGAUGCAUAUUAAUGAAGAACUAAUAACUGAUGCCGGAACUGGGGGGAAAACAAACUCUUACCACGGGGACCAAAGGAGUAAAAUUAGUUACCCAUAUCAGUCAUGCAAGAACAAAAAUUAAACGACAGCCUCCAUUCCCAUCUGUCUUACAAUCAUCUGUUCACUUUGCAAGCUAGUCAAGUGCAUUCUUAUAGUGCUCUGCUACAGACUUGCUCCGACUUACAAAAUGACUUAUUAACGUUGUGGAAAAGCUUUUAAAAAAAGAUAUCUUCACUGUGUCAAAAAGAGUGUGCCAAUUUAUUUUUGUACCUGCUAUUGGAAGUGCACUUUUUCCUGUGGGGUGCCUGUGUGUGUGACAUUGAUUUGGUUUUGGUCCACGUGGGCUGGUUUGGCUGUUUGAGAGGAUAUCAUUUACUGAUGCUGAAGACCAAGGGGACUUUCCGUGUUUACUUCUUGAAAACGUAACUACUGGAAAAGUAGUAAAUGGGAUCAUUUUUGGUCACUUGUUUUUUAUCCCUGAUUUUUCAACAUCUUUUAUCUUUCUGAAGAUUACACUACAACUGCAAGAGAUGAAUCAGCAGCUGACCAUAUGUUUCGGUCUUGCAUAUGGUAAAGAGGAAAGCAUUUAGUUUGUGAUUUACAUGUAAUAGUUUUUAAAUGUCUUGUGUUAAGCCACAUGCAUAUUUUUAACCUUCGCACUUUUCCCACUGUGGAGAUGGUUAGACUUGCACUUUGUAGUGUUGUAUUUCUGUGCUCUAUGUUAGAGUGCAUAAGCAGCACAUUUAUUGUGCUACAUCUUAAACAGUAUUUUAUAAAAUCAAGAGUAGGGCUGAGCAGUAUAAUUGGUGUCUUAAGGCUUUGAUAGGGGAGACGCCUCAUGUUGGUAAAUUUUAGUUUUUAAAUAUAGUUGACUGCAAAAUUUAAUCAAUGGCCAUUUAAAUUGUUACAUACGGUCCAGUACCUUUAUAGACAUUGCAGUACUGGAGUUUUAACAGUUUGUUUUCUGCAAUUUACAUGGUUCUGGCUGGACAACCAGAAAAGCUGGACAGAAUCACUCUAGCUCUCCAGUAUUAUAUAUGCUAUGCUCACAUGCUGAAGGACAUGUAUUAAAGAAUUAAAUUAUUUUUAUAUAUCUAUCUAUAACUGAUGCCCAACCUACUCCAACUGCUGAUCCACUUGAUCCCCAUCAUGCCUGACACAAACUCCAAUAAAAUCAAAUACUUAA